AGAAACGUAUUUGACAGUAGCGAAAUGAAAACAAAGCUCACGUGGGUGCGAAAAUGAUCCCAAAAUCUGGUUUUUCCAACAAUUUUCACGCUGGAAAGAGUGAAAAUGGCCAUAAAAUCCAUAUCAAUAUCAAGAGGAAGAUGAAACAGAGCCCCGGAGGAGACGGAGAAAAGAAGUUCCGGAUGGACGUGGUGCCGAAGAAAUCGGGAGUGUCUUUGCAGCAGCAGAGGCAGUCUCUGCCUCUUUUUCCCGUCCGAGAGAGCAUUAUUGGACAGAUUCGGAUGAAUGACACGCUGAUAUUCCUGGGAGAGACUGGAUCUGGAAAGAGCACGCAGAUCCCUCAGUACGUGCAUGAAGGUGGCUUGACCAGGAGUGGAAUGGUAGCUGUGACCCAGCCGAGAAGAAUAGCUGCUAUUACGGUGGCCCAGAGAGUCGCGCAGGAGAAAUUCUGUCAAGUGGGAGAACUUGUGGGCUACACAGUUCGCUUUGAGGAUUGUUCUUCCGAUGCGACAAAAAUCAGAUACAUGACGGACGGAUCUCUACUCAGGGAGGCCAUCAGAGACCGUCUCUUGCUGUCCUACUCAACAGUAAUCCUUGAUGAAGCCCACGAGAGAACGGUUAACACGGACAUUCUCUUCGGCAUUGUUAAGGAAGCCCAGAAAUUGAGGCGGGAAAUGAAGAAAAACCCUCUGAAGAUAAUCGUUAUGAGCGCCACAAUGGAUGUGGACCACUUCUCGGUGUACUUUAACGGCUGUAAAAUCAUUUACCUUGAGGGAAGGACGUUUCCCGUGAAGAUUCAACAUAUAAAACGGAAUGACCACGAUUACGGCCAAACAUGCCUUAUCACACUCUUCGACAUUCAUCGGAAUGCUCCUCUGGACCACGAUGUGCUGAUUUUCCUCACUGGCCAGGAGGAGAUUGACGCGCUGGCUGAGCAAGUGAGGUCCAUCGCCAAGUCUGCUGAGUUCCAUGACUCGCCAAUGAAGGUUUUUCCCCUCUACGCUCAAUUGCCGCAGCACAAGCAGCUGGAUGUGUUCAAGCCUACUCCGCAGGGCGUCCGGAAGGUCAUUCUUGCCACUAAUAUCGCCGAGACUUCGCUGACAAUCCCCGGAAUUAAAUAUGUCAUUGACAGUGGAGUUGUGAAGCAGAAAGUUUACAAUUCAGUGACUGGCAUGGACACUCUGAAGAUCGUGAAGAUCUCUCAAGCGCAGUCCUGGCAGAGGACGGGCAGAGCCGGUCGCGAGUCUGAGGGAUUCUGCUACAGAGCUUACACAAUCAAUGAAUUCAAGAACAUGAGCCUCAUGACGACCCCUGAGAUUCUCCGGUCCAAUCUCGCAACAACAGUCCUCCAACUCCUCGCGCUCGGCAUUGAUUGCAUGAAUUUUGAUUUUAUGGACAAACCAUCGAGGGAGUCAUUAAAUAGUGCCAUAAAACUUUUAUAUGAAUUGAAAGCUAUCGCAUCAAUUGAGAGUCCAAAGCUAACGGAGGCGGGCAGGAAGAUGAGUCAAUUUCCCUUGGAUCCGCGCUUCAGCAAAAUCCUGCUUGAGGCCAGCGGCUACGGUUGCCUGACUGAGAUGAUCACGAUAAUCGCUGUGCUGUCGGGUGAGAAUAUUUUCCACAGCAGCACAGAUAAGAGGGACCAAAUUCUAGUGGCCCACAGCAAGUUUCUGUCCAAGUAUGGAGAUCACCUCACCAUUCUCAAUGCCUUCCGGGAGUUUUUAGGCGCUGAGAACCCGAAAAUGUGGUGCUUCAAACACUUUCUCAACUACCGCAAUCUCAUGUAUGCGGCCGAAGUGAGGAAGCAACUUCAGGAGAUCUGCAGGAGAUGCAAUCUGGAAGAGUCCAGCUGUGGAAGUGAUCUGGAUCAGGUACGACGGUGUCUUCUUGUCGGGUUGUUUGGCAGCGUGGCUGAGCUGCAGAGGGAUCAGUUGUAUCUGACACUGGUGGGCAGGCAGAGGGCGAAACUCCAUCCGAGCAGUGCACUGUGUCACAAACCACUGGCCGAUUAUGUUGUCUACACUGAUCUGGUGGCCACGGAGCGUGCUUACCUCAAAUUUAUCACUGUCGUUGACGCCGAGUGGCUGCACGAUGUGCCAAAUGCCAGUAAAUUGCGACGCUACUCCACCACUGGACAUCUAAAGUAGCCUGGACUAGCCCCAGAGGCUGGCGAAAAAACGAGCCUGUUAAUUUGGGAUGGCGUCUAAUUAAAAGUGCGGAUUACCAGCAUUUUAUCACUGUACAUUUCUCUGGCUCAUGUAAUGUAAAUAUUUUUUAAUUUACUACACAACACUGUGAGAUAUUUUCAAUUUAUGGCCAUUCAUUGUUUAAUUGGAGGGAGUGACGCUUUUUGAAAAGCACCUCCUUCACCACCCACUCGGCUUUUCGGUCAGCGCAGUGACGCUUUGUCCGUAUUCACACUGCUAACAAGAGAAAUUAGUCAUGAUUUCCAUUGGAGUUGGGGUUUUUGGGGGCGAUGAAAUUUAUUGACGAGAUGAAAUUUCUUCACACGCGGUAAGUUUUCAAAUAAUUUCAACUCAUUUAGGCGGAAUGGGUGGAAUGCGCUCGAGAUGGGUAUCAGAGUUGGGGUGAAAGUUUACAUUUCGUAUGGGAAUAUUGAAGAAAGUGAGAUA